CUUAAAACAAGCCCGCCCCGCCCACCAGGAAGGGCCGUGGCCGCGCGCACGACGCGGUGACGUCAUCGCCGCUGUGCGACGUGGCCUUCGCCCGGCAGCGCAAGCGGUAAUCAUGGAUCAGGUAAUGCAAUUUGUGGAACCCAGCCGUCAGUUUGUAAAAGACUCCAUAAGACUUGUUAAAAGAUGCACCAAGCCUGACAGGAAAGAGUUCCAGAAGAUUGCCAUGGCAACAGCAAUAGGCUUUGCGAUAAUGGGAUUUAUUGGUUUCUUUGUCAAAUUGAUCCAUAUCCCAAUCAAUAAUAUCAUUGUAGGCGGCUGAAUAUUCAUCAUGAAGAACAAGACAUUGUGACACUUGCUGCAAAGAUUUCACAGCUUUAACUUGUUUGCUAUUAAACAACCUCAGUUUGGGUUUUCAAA